AUGCAGUCCGUGACAUUGACGAGCAGCUUGAUCCCAUCCGAGCUAGUAAUCAGUGAGACGGCGAUCGAUACCGUUCUGCCUACACAGUGGAACCACGCUCAAGCGCCUCGGUUUAACGUGGUGAACGCGAGCUCAAGAGUGUACGAGGACGAGUUGGGUGUGUUGACGAUCUCUGAGCUGUCGGUGGCGGAGUUGGAUGCUACGGCUCCAGAUGUGGACGUUUCUCUAGAGGUGUUACUACCGCAGAAUUGCAACUUGUCCUCAUUCGACGCACGUGAACGCGUUCCUCCGCGCGUCUGUGUAUGCAAGCCGACGCUGUCUAUUAUGAUGACGAACUCGUCGACCAACGAGGAUGGCGUGUUUACUGGAGCCAUUUCGGUGGUGCCGACGAAAGCAGAUGUGCUGUUUCGAAUUCAAGUUAUGUACCCGUCCAGUUAUAUUUCUCAAGUGGCUAGUACUAGCACUAGCCCGCGCUGGUCUACGGGAGCUGCUGGCAUCUCUGGUUCCUUGCUAUCAUCUUUCUCAACAACCUUGGGUGUCGGUGUAGGGGACGUUCUAACCACUGAGUUGUCCCUCAAACCGAUCACGAAGAUCUCUGGAAAUAUCAGCGUGGAUGUCAUGGUGGUGACUUCGACAGUGGACGUGGCCCAAGACUUCUUCAUAUCUGACUGCUACCAGCGUGUCUCUAGUAGUUCGGGUGUAUUCGAGUGUAUACCCUCGUCUCAACGGAAGUCGUUGGCCGUGACGUCCCAGUCGAUCGACCUGGUUAUUUAUCCAGUGGCGGAGGCACCGAGACUCGACGUGACUCCGGCCGUUCUAUCGAUUACUGAGAAUGGCGAAGCUUUUGUUACGCUGAGCAAUUGGACUUUGACGGAUAUUGAUGGGUCUGAGCGCAUGGAUCUCCGUCUCCGGUGCACGCCUACAGCAUGGAAGAAAGUGCUUGUUGACGGCAUUUUAAGCAAUUCUUCUAUCCAAGAUGCAGCUACGACAACCACUUUUGAGCUACUGUCAGUCGGCGUCUACGGAGGCGAGAAAAGCAUCGAUCUGAAGGUACAACUGAGUCCACCUUCGUAUUAUUCUGGGUCUAUCGACUGCAGCUUCGCGUCGCACGCCAUUGACCGCAGCGGUGGGUUCGUCUCGGAAGAUACGUACGAGACACAGUUGAGCGUGACUGUCGUUGCCGAGGCGACGGCUCCACUGGUAUCGAUCACGUCGACUAACUUCACAGCGGUGGAAGAUGGCGUCGCUGUGUGCGAUUCGGUGACGGCUUCGCUGGUGGAUGUGGACGGGUCGGAGGCGUUGUUCUUGGUCGUGAAUCCCGGCGAGUACGAGCAAUUCGUGACGUCAGUAACGUGGCGAUCGGAAGAUACGGUAAUGCCGUUCUCAGCGAAAGCGGACGGUGUGGUGCCUACAAUGGUAUAUAGCAGUCCGACACAGCGUGUUGUGGCUGCAGGAUCUGGUCGCGUGGAGAUGCACGGCAGUGUGGAGAUAGGACUAGCUACGGGGUACAGUGGAGAGUUACGCUUGAGCAUCGCGAGUGUAUCGCUUGAGAAGAUUUAUCUAGCGUCGACUGUGGCUUCGGAUGUUGCUGUUGCACACGCGUCGUCUAUUGACAUCACUGUAGCCAUCAGUCCGAUCUGUCAUGUGGCCAAUGUGGAGUUGAGUCCAGUAUCAGCAGUAACGAAGCCGUCGGUGGCGGUUCCGGUUCAGGUGAUUGCGUCUACCAUCGACACGGAUGGCUCGGAGGUUUUGGCAGCCGAAGUAUCAGUCAAUCGCUCGGCGGUAUUGAGUCUUUAUGGCACAAAUGCGUCGGAGAACUGGCUCACAGAUUCCGACCUCGUCACGCUUCCUCGACUACCAACACAGGACGUUUUCCAUGGGGAUCAGACGUUUACAGUCGUACCGCGUGCUGAAUUCGUGGGGUUCUUUAUAGUGAACGUAACGGUGAAGACGACCGAGUUGGCGACUGGGGAAAUCAAGUUUAAAACCGUCGUUGCUACAGUGCUAGUGACUUCAGUAGACCCCGUUGUUCGUGUCAGUGCCGUAUCUCGUGGGUCUUGGAACGAAUUCAUCCACUUACCGUUCCAGAGACUAGAUAUACAACAGGAAGACGUCACGCGCGAGAAUCUUUUGCUUUACGUGGAGAACCGGACCCAAGUCGCUGAUGUUUACGCUGGGUUUAUGCGGUUGACGCCUGUUACGCUGGGAGCAGUGAAUGUCUACGUGGUUCCCUACACUUUACGCGAUGUGGUUAGCGUCCGACCGCCGCAGUAUUGGUACGGUUCUGUAAAGCUCUUCGCUAUCGUGACGACCGUGGCUUUUGACGUCGUCUCGACACCUAAUCGAACUGCAUACCAAGGCACCGGAGACGGUAUUGUCAUCAUAGAUUUACCCGUGAUAAUCCAUCCGCGACCAGUCUCUCCGUCGUACAGUCUUGCCACAUCUUCGGAUGUUUCAGUGUCUGGAAAGCCCAUUUCUGUGACUUUUAACGCCGUUCUCCCAUCUGAUGCAUGGGGAAGUUCGACGGGAGGGAUGGCGACUCAGCUGGUAGUCGCACCUUUUAGUUUUACGGACUCUGUAUCGGUAAACCGGACUGUGACGGUGAGUAAAGCUGCCGUACGUGGAGCUCGCGCGUAUGGAACAAACUCUUCUAGUAGUAUCACUACAGUGGCCAAUGGUUCUAACAGCAAGGCGCAGCUGAUAGGAGAAGCUGAUCGAGGAAUGCUGGGCUUUGGGGAAACCAUUCGUGUGUUCCGAGUUGAGGACAACCAGAACGUCACGUUCCGUCUGGCAGACUUUGGCUUGAUGAGUGAAUUGACUGACCUAGUGAGCGUACAAGCGUUUAUCAUGGAGAACGCCGUUGACGCUGUGGUGAUCGGAUCCACGCAGCUAAAUGGAGAUACCGACUCGCAGUGGGGAGCGACGGUGCAAUUUAGAGAUUCACGCUACGAACUCUACGGGAACAAGAGUCCGGCUUGUUUAGGUGAUGUUGAACCAGCGUGUCUACUUGACCGAGUUGUGACAAUCACACCCCGCAGAUAUACAGCACAGACGUUCGACAUGACGAUAAGGGUCACAUCGAGAGUCUCAGCUAACGACAGCUUCUUCGGGUCGCUGUCGACUGUCACUACAAUUGCCAGAUGCCGAGUGACGGUGGCACCUGUACCGAAUACGCCGCUGUUGGUGCUAAACACUACUGCAGUGACGACGCUGGAGGACACAGCUGCUGCGUUUUCGAUCCUUGAGGCUUCUACACCCGAUCGAGACGGAUCUGAGGUGAUUGAAGUGGAGAUGAGCUUUGAUCCGCACUAUCUCGAUACGAUUCAAGUGGAUGGAGUGGCAGUGACAACUUCAACAGUGGCCGACACGGUGGUGCUCAUUCCUCGCAGCGCCGCAGUCUCUAGUGUAGCUAAUCGGGUUGUCUCUCUUCGCCCUCGCCGGAAUUUCGACGGGAAUUUCACGAUUCAACUUGCUGUUGCCAGUAUCGAGCUAUCGACAGGUGAGCGUACUCGAGUCUCGACGAAUGUAACUGUGGCAGUCGUAGCCGUCGCGGACGCGCCAGUGCUUCGAAUCGGCACGUCUGAGCUUCAUGUGAACCAGAACGUCGCUGCAGAGCUGACGAUCACCUCAGUGGGUCUGACGGAUGACGACAAUUCCGAGACUCUUCGUCUCGUGGUGGUCGAUCCUAGUAGAAGCGCUCUCAAGACUGUGGAAGUGAUCGGAGGUGAACCGUUCGUGAAGAGCAGUGCAGUCAGUACAUUCGUGCUGCCUUUGGUGCAUCUACCUACUCUAACGCUUCGACUCACUACGAUUGGCACGUGGUUCGGCUCCACGCAGCUUCAAAUCAACGCCGUAUCCCGGGAGUCAACUAACGGCAACGAGGUCACUACAACCGCCUUUGUGACGUUUACGGUAUACCCUGUGGCGGAUGCCCCGACGCUUGUGGUGGAGAACACUCAGGGACAGUUAACUCGACCCGCUCGGAUUGGUCUUGUGUCGGUGGGUAUUCCAAUCGAAUGCAAGUUAAAUGCGACGUUGUUGAACGUGUAUUUACUCCCCCGAUCAAGUGACGCUAUCGAAGUCAAGUGGCACAGCCGACGCUUACCGUAA